CGUCCCCUCUGCUCCAGAUGAAGCUCUUCGACAAAAACAAAGACGGCCAGUUGGGUCUCAGUGACCUGGCCAGGAUUCUGGCUCUUCAGGAAAACUUUCUUCUUCAGUUUAAAAUGGACGCCUGCUCACGGAAGAGCGGACGCGGGACUUUGAGCAGAUCCUCGCCCACCAGGACGUGGGACUUUAUUCAGGUCGACUGUUCACAAGACCAGGAGACGCACCACAGCCCCUGCCGGCGACCUCCCGCCCUGAGUGAGCUGGGUUCUCCCGUGGGCCCUGCCACGCCACGAGCUGUGCGACCUAACUUCUCUACACUGCGUGCAAAGUCGGGAUGAAGAAGGAGCUCACCAGACACCCGGGGAGACUGUGGGGAAACAACCUCCCGUCGGCUUAGGGGCCCGUGAGAAGCUUCUGUCACCCCCCACCUCCUCCUCUUCUGUGGCAGCUCCUCUCCUUGGUCCUCCAUACUGGCCUGGGGUCGCCAUGUUUUGCUUGUUCAGAAUUGCAGUUCCUCUGCUAUUCCCGAGUAAACUCAGUCGCUGUGCAAUAACUUUUGUUGUUUAACUUAAAAAAAUGUUUUUAUUUUUUUAGGGGAGGAGGGAGAGGGAGAGAGAAACAUCCAUUGGCUGCCUCCUGUGCGCCCCCUCUGGGCAACCGGGGCAUGUGUGUUCUUACCAGAACCGAACCAGUCACCUCAGUGCAGGGGACAAGGGCGCUCCACCCACUGAGCCACGCCAGCCAGAGCUGGUUUCACUUUCAAGCCUGAACCUGUUAACAGGUGUGUCCCAGGUUUCUCAUUGUGAAGUCACGCCCUCUCUCCC